UCAGCAAAAUAUGUUGUCUUUCUCUCAUUCUCACAGCUCCACUAUUACAAUUUCAUCACCGCAGGCCAUCAUCGGAGCCCAUUCUAGUCGAGGACCAAACAGUGCCUCCCUCUCUUCAAUGUCACGAAGAAACCUCGAGUUUCGAAAAGGGCUUCGAGAGCCGUCCUUUGGUUUACAGAGAUUUUCUCGGACUAACAAGCGAAACAUGGCCGUCAAAGAUAGCGAUGACAGCAGUUGCCGUGACGCCACCGCCCCCUCUGCCAUGGCUCUGGAAUCACGAGGCGGUAUCGGAAUAAUGGACUUCCUUGAGAGAAGGAACUAUCUUGUCACCAGUGCGACUGGGUUUCUUGCCAAAGUUCUCAUUGAGAAGAUGUUACGCGUCGCACCCGACGUGGGGAAGAUCUUCGUGCUGAUCAAGGCAAAAGAUGAGCGGGCUGCCAUGGACAGAGUCAAAGACGAGAUAAUAGAGUGCGAGCUGUUCAAGUGCCUACAACAGAAGUAUGGAGAUGAAUACACAAAUUUCAUGCUGAGCAAGCUUGUUCCAGUCAAGGGCGACAUUCGGGAGUCGAAUAUGGGAAUAGCGGAUGAUUUGCUUCAUCAAAUAACGCGAGAAGUCGAUGUCGUCAUAAACUCAGCAGCCAACACAACUUGGGACGAAAGGUACGACGCGUCUCUCGUCGCGAACACGAUCGCGCCUUCUCGGCUUUUAGACUUCGCCAAGAAAUGCGAGAAACUAAAGCUCUUCUUGCACGUGUCUACGACGUACGUGAACGGAGAGAGGCCGGGAAUACUAAUGGAGAAGGCUUUUGAAAUGGGGGAGAGCAGAAUAGAUUCAUCGACUGGAAGCAAGUUGGACGUCCAUCACGAAAUGAAGUUGGCUUCAGAUCUGCUUGAAACACUUCCUUCUAAUGAAGUGCCCAAAAAACUAAAAGACAUGGGUUUGGCCAGGGCAAGAGUGUAUGGGUGGCAGAGCACCUAUGAACUGACCAAGGCCAUGGGGGAGAUGAUGAUAAACACAAAUAGAGAAGGAGUACCCAUUGUUAUCGUUCGUCCUAGCAUAAUCGAGAGUACUUUUCAAGAGCCUUUCCCAGGAUGGAUUCAAGGAAACAGAGUGCUCGACCCUUUGAUUUUGUCCUAUGGGAAAGGUCGACUUCCUGGUUUCCUACUCAACCCCGACACAAUCGUAGACGUGGUACCGGCAGAUCUAGUUGCGAACGCGAUCAUCGCGGCCAUGGCAAAGCACGGGAGAGCCCCGGGCCCCAGCAUCGUCAUCUACCAUGCCGCGUCAUCCACGGUGAAUCCACUCACGUUGGGCAACGUCUUCGAGUAUUCCUGCAACCAUUUCGCAGCUUCUCCCUUGACGGACAACAAGGGAGACGAGUUUCGAAUAACCGCCAUGGAGUAUUUCAGCUCGAAGGACAGCUUCUCCUCUUACAUACAGAAAUACAUUGCGGAUAAAAGCGGAUUGAGCAAUGGGAUUUGCCCUAAUUCGAACCCAAAGCAACAUUCCAGGCUUGAAGCAAGAUGCAAGAGAAUGGCAGACAGUCUAAUUCACUUGGCUAAGUUGUACGAGCCCUACAUGUUUUACCGUGGAAGGUUUGACUGUAGGAAUGCACAAAAGUUGAUCGAGCAAAUGUCGAUGGAAGAGCGCAAUAAAUUUCCAAUGGACUUGAGGAGCAUAAAUUGGGAGGAUUACUUCUUCAAUGCCCACAUUCCAGGUCUGAAGAGGCAUAUCUUUAAGAAGACAUCCUCUUCCUGAUACAUCUUUGUUCUCAAAUUCUUAUGGCCACGUAUGGUUUGGACAUUGCUGUUUGUUUGUACAGUAAUGUUGAUGCAUCCUGGGUCGGGCAAUUCGGGUUGACAUGUUAAAUUAACAGAUUUUAUAUCCCUGCCGAUGCCGAGUAUUAUGUUUUCCUUGAGCAUGCAAAAGAACCUAUGCAUCGGAAAGAUCAUGUCAUUUUGUGUCACUUUCGAAUUUGUCAAUUGAUAUAUGUUUUUUUUCAUAAUUCUAUGGAUUCGUGUUAGAAGCCGUCAAACCAUGUAGAAUCGAUAAAUUUGCAAUAUCUUCAUAAUUCUGUCGAUUCU